UGGGUAAAGGACGGACUGAGCUAAAUAAGCCUUUGGGGUUUCCCAGCUGACAGUCUGCCAUAUAGCCUUCCUUUUCUGAAGUUCACCGCAGAGGAAUCUCUUCUACAUAACAGAGAGAAGAAAAACUCAAAAUGAACUUGUCGCACUUAGUAGCUUGUGGACUUAUGAUCACCCUGCUUUCAGUAAGGACGGCAGCGAAACCUUUGACUCAGGCGCAGCAGAAGUCUCUUAGAAGUUUGCUGGGCGAGGAGCUGGCGGAGUUUCUGGAGUCAGAGGAGAGGGAGAGGAGGCUGGACACCGUGCGCUCUCGGAUACGCUUAUUGCGAGAUUUACGCAUGGACACCCGGGCCAGGGGGAUGUGGGCGCGCCUCCUGAACGACCAGCCCGCCCCAAGGAGACACAAGUCGGGCACCAAGAAAGGAGGGUCCACUGCGCGGAGUGGCUGCUUCGGACACAAGAUGGACAGGAUAGGAACCAUCAGCGGCAUGGGCUGCUAGAGCUGGAGCAGCGAGGCUGUGCUGAGAUCUGGACGAUGGGUUUGGACAACACAGAUUCAGUUUGUUCUCACCUGAGGGAAAAAGAACUUACCAAGUGACGGAUUUUUGGUACGAAAAGUCACCAUGACCAGCAUAAAUGAGGAAUGAGAAUGGCAACGCUACAAAACCCUUAUAUAUAUAAAUAUAUAACGGUAAACCCAUACAAACACAGACCCAUACUACAAGAUGGCGGACAAUGGUGUAAAAACUACAAACCGCAAAGCUGUAUAUUGUUGCUGCUGCUGCUGUACAUUCAUGUAC